AUGAACCUCUGUGUCCUGAAUGAUGGAUCUGCUACCCGUAGGGUCUCCCCUACACAAAAUGCUAGUGUCCCUGACCUUUCUUUUGCCUCUCCCACUCUAGUCUCAAUUCUCUCUUGGUCUGUCCUGCCUAAUUCAUAUGGCAGUGACCAUUUCCCCAUCUUAAUUACUUUUCAUAAUUCCUUCUCCCCUAACCCUCCCAUUCAACCUCUCCAGAAAUAUCGCCUCCUUCAAGCUGACUGGGGUAAAUUUUCUUCCUUGGUAGAUUCAGAACUUCACACCCUUCCCCAGGUAAACUCCUCUAAUUCCCAUGACGUCUAUGAAAAUUUUGUCUCCUCUUUAAAACGUGCGGCUGACGCGUCUAUCCCCCUAAAAAACUCUGCCCGGAAAUUUAUUUCCUCCCCUCCAUGGUGGGACGCCGAGUGCACCGAUAGCGUUCGAAAACGGAGAGAAGCAGAAAUCCGAUACGCAUCCUCUAUUAAUAUGACCAAUUAUCUCGAUCUUAAGAAAACUUCGGCACGCACCUGCAGAUUAUUGGCGAAAAAGAAAAAAUCUGGUUGGCAUAACUUCUGCGAAUCGUUGUCUCCCCGUUCACCAGUAUCGAUAGUCUGGAAAAGAAUUAAGGCAUAUCGCAGAGUCUUAGACGCCCAUUCCUCAGACAUUUCUUCCAAUGACUCCAGUUGCUGGCUAGAAGACUUCAUAAGUAAGCUAGCCCCUCCCUCUGUCCCUAGUUUUGAAUGCCUUUCCUUGUCAGACUCUCCUCCCCCCUCUUCUGAUAAAUUCGAUGAACCUUUUUCUCUUUCUGAAUUAUCUUGUGCUUUGGACCAUCUGCGGGAUUCCGCCCCGGGUGUAGAUGGUAUCCCAUAUUCUUUCAUCUGUAAAUCCUCUUCUCUUUGUAAACAAAUACUCCUCAACCUUUUCAACUCUUUCUUCCUCUCUGGGGUAGUCCCCGAGUCUUGGAAAUGCCAAAUUAUCAUUCCAAUAUUAAAGCCUGGUAAAAAUCCAAAAGAUUCCUCCUCAUACAGACCCAUUGCUCUGUCCUCUGUUCUGGCUAAAAUCAUGGAGAACCUUAUCAAGAACCGGCUUGAAUGGUUUUUGGAAAGUAAAGGCAUCUUAUCUCCUUCUCAGUUUGGCUUCCGAAGAGGAAUGGGUACUCUGGACAGCCUUAGCAUUUUCGUUUCGGAUGUUCGAAUCGCUUUUUCAAAAAAUGAAAGCGUAGUUGGUGUCUUUCUUGAUGUUGCAUCAGCUUACGAUAACGUCCAACUUCCACUACUCAGGCAGAAGAUGCAUCAGCUGAGUGUUCCUGUGAGGUUGGUUAACAUAAUCUGCAACAUGCUAAUGUCUCGAACGAUCACUAUCCGUCAUCAACAUUCCGUUUCCCCAUCCCGUUUAGUCUGGAAAGGCCUGCCCCAGGGCUCGGUCUUAAGCCCUAUCCUGUAUAACUUAUAUACUCACGAUUUAGAGUCUUCGGUUAACUGCUUCUGCAAAAUUCUACAGUACGCGGAUGAUAUUGCCCUCUAUUAUAGUUUCUCCUCCCCUCAAGAUGCCUCUUCUCGCUUAAACUCUGCUCUAUACUACCUCAAUCAGUGGCUAUGCGACCAUGGCCUUAGCCUAUCAGUGCCUAAAUGCAAUGCGGUUGUCUUUUCUCGCAAACGUAAUAUCCCCCCUAUUAACCUAUCUAUUGAUAAUGUUCCCAUUUCUACUCUUGACAAAAUUAAAUUUCUCGGUAUAAUUCUUGACUCUAAAUUAUCUGGCCUUCACCAUCUAGAAUACAUUAGCAAAAAAUGUGAAAAAGGUGUGAACGCCCUACGUGCCCUUUCUGGGGUUCGGUGGGGUGCUCACCCAUCAACCCAAAGAAUCCUUUAUAAUGCCAUAAUCCGGAGCCACUUUGACUACGGCAGCUUUCUGUUGGAGCCAUGUAACAAAAUUGCCUUAGCCAAAUUGGAUAAGAUCCAAGCCAAAUGUUUGCGAAUUAUUACAGGAGCUAUGAAAUGUUCCCCUAUAAACGCUCUGCAGGUGGAAUGUUUGGAUCCUCCUCUUAACUUACGCAGACAAUACCUCUCGGAUAGAUUCUUUUUCAAAGCUCUCCAAAUUAAAUCCCACCCCCUUCUUCCUCUUUUAAAAACACUGCAUGAGCUUAUUGCCUCUUCCCGUUACUGGUCACACAAACUUCCUCCUCCCCUUAUUAACAGCUACAGUAAAGUCAAUGAUCCUCACAUAUCCCUAGUCCAGUCCAAUACUAACCCUCUUUUUGAAGUUAGUUUCGAAACGUUACUCUUUCAACCGAAAGUCAUUCUCAGCCUCGGUAUUUCCAAACAUGACCCUGGUGCUAAUAAUAAAUUAAAUAAGAUUUUAACCGAAGACUGGCAAGACUGGCUCACUAUGUACACUGAUGCUUCCAAAAUUUCAGAAGAUGGCAUUGUGGGAACUGCGGUGUGGAUCCCUAAAUAUAAAAUUAUUCUGAGCAAUAAAGUUUCUCCACACUCCUCUAUCUAUACAGGGGAAUCAAUAGCCCUUUUAGAAGCUGUUAAAUACGUCGAUUCUCAUAGUCUAAACAAAACUUUAAUUCUUUCUGACUCUCUAAGCUGCCUUCAAGAUUUGAUAAAAUUUCCUUUUCGUGCUCGUCAUAACUUCCCCAUUAUUCUUCAGAUCAAGCAACUUCUGUUUAAAUGUCACUCUUCAGGUAUUCAAGUUACUUUGGCCUGGAUCCCCAGUCACUCGGGCAUCGUGGGUAACGAUAAUGCAGAUUCACUUGCCAAGGUAGCAAUUCGAAAUGGAGAUGAUUCUUACCUCAGGACUUGUUUCCCUCGAGAUCUGUGCUGCACCGCCAAACCUUCUAUGAUGAAGAGCUGGGAUUCCCUUUGGCAGAAAACCCGUAAAGUCAAAGCUCUACAAUCGCUGUAGUCACUAGAGAAUAAUAAGUAUUAUUUUAUUUUUAAUUAAAAACCGAUCAGUGUCAUUUCCUACCUUGACGUUGGCAAAAUCUUCGAUACAAAUGAAGGAGCCAUAAACAAAAA